AUGGCGUCCAACGUGUCGUCCGGCACUAUUGCUGCAUCGCUCAUGGCGCAGACAAACCAGUUCGACCGAGACGACUCGAUUGAAGAAGACGAUGACGCUGAGUACGUUACCGCUGUAGCUCCUCCUGGUCCGCUGGGGCUGAAUCUGGACGGUGGAGUGCUCGACUGCGCCGUUGUGAUGGGCUUUGUCAAGUUGCGCGAUGGCUCUAAGGGAGCGCUUGAGCGUAACGGAGAUAUCGUUCCUGGAUCAGUGAUUGUCCGCAUCAAUGGCAAGGAUUUCUCGGACGCGACACUGAAUGAUGUGCGGACGAGACUUGGGGAGCUCGGUCACCUGCCGCGCACAAUUGUAUUUCGCCUACCUCGCCGCCAGCAGCAGCAGCAGUCCAGUGUGCCACGCUCCACUGGCAUGCGGCGUGCCCCGACGCUCCCUGUUUUCCACGAAGACUUUGACAAGCGCCGCAAAUUUGAACUGGGCCUGGUGAUGCACUACGAUAAAACUGUUUUAAAACGGCGCGAGUGUUGGUUCUGCAUCGACGCGAAGUGGAUGGCUCGGUGGGUGGACUUCGUUGCCCGCGGAGGGCCUGAACCAGGUCCCAUUAGCAACGAAAACCUGCUUCACCCUGCUUGGCGGAAGAUGCUGGCUCACGACGCUCCUGGCCGACCUGACACGGCACGCGAAGGGCUGAUUCUCAUGAAGGACUACAGAGUGGUGGCACCGAUGGUUUGGUGCUUAUUUGCCGAGCUGCACGGUCUAGGCGAAGCGCCCUUAUUGCCGCGGUAUCUGAUGGACAUUUACGCCGAAGCUCUGAGCGACGGAGAGGUAAAAAGCAUUCUGGAAGUCCCUCGGCCCAAGGCGUCCGUGCUUGCCAAUGAAUUGCGCGAUAAGUGCCUCGUUCGCUCGAGCAGAAACCGCUAA